AUGGCUGGUUGCCUUGCUUUCAGCCUAGCUGUCUGCUUUGCUGUCAGCCUAGCUGUCUGCUUUGUUGUCAGCCUAGCUGUCUGCUUUGCUGUCAGCCUAGCUGUCUGCCUAGCUGGUUGCCUGGCUGGCUGCCUCAUUUACUGCUAUGCAGUCUGCCAAGCUGGCUGCCUAGCUUUCAGCCUAGCUGUCUGCCUAGCUAUUUACCUGGCUGGCUGCCUAACUGGCUGCCUGGCUGGCUGCCUGGAUGGCUGCUUUGCUGUCAGCCUAGCUGUCUGCCUAGCUGGUUGCCUGACUGGCUGCCUAGCUUUCAGCCUAGCUGUCUGCCAGGCUGGCUGCUUUGCUGUCAGCCUAGCUGUUUGCCUAGCUGGUUGCCUGGCUGGCUGCUAUGCUGGCUGCCAGGCUGACUGCCUUGUUGUCAGCCAAGCUGUCUGCCUAGCUGGUUGCCUGGCUGGCUGCCUAGCUGGAUGCUUUGCUGUGAGCCUAGCUGUCUGCCUAGCUGGUUGCCUGGCUGGCUGCCUCACUAGCCGCUAUGCGGUCUGCCAGGCUGACUGCCUAGCUUUCAGCCUAGCUGUCUACCUGGCUGUUUGCCUGGGUGUUUGCAUGGCUGGCUGCUAUGCUGUCUGCCAGGCUGGCUGCCAGGCUGACUACCUUGCUUUCAGCCUAGCUGUCUGCCUAACUGUUUGCCUAGCUGGUUGCCUGGCUGGCUGCCUCAUUUACUGCUAUGCAGUCUGCCAAGCUGGCUGCCUAGCUUUCAGCCUAGCUGACUGCCUAGCUAUUUACCUGGCUGGCUGCCUAACUGGCUGCCUGGCUGGUUGCCUGACUGGCUGCCUAGCUUUCAGCCUAGCUGUCUGCCAGGCUGGCUACUUUGCUGUCAGCCUAGCUGUUUGCCUAGCUGGUUGCCUGGCUGGCUGCUAUGCUGGCUGCCAGGCUGACUGCCUUGUUGUCAGCCAAGCUGUCUGCCUAGCUGAUUGCCUGGCUGGCUGCCUCACUAGCCGCUAUGCGGUCUGCCAGGCUGGCUGCCAGGCUGACUGCCUAGCUUUCAGCCUAGCUGUCUACCUGGCUGUUUGCCUGGGUGUUUGCAUGGCUGGCUGCUAUGCUGUCUGCCAGGCUGGCUGCCAGGCUGACUACCUUGCUUUCAGCCUAGCUGUCUGCCUAGCUGUUUGCCUAGCUGGUUGCCUGGCUGGCUGCUUUGCUGUCAGCCUAGCUGUUUGCCUAGCUGGUUGCCUGGCUGGCUGCUAUGCUGUCUGCCAGGCUGGCUGCCAGGCUGACUGCCUAGCUUUCAGCCUAGCUGUCUGCCUAGCUGGUUGCCUGGCUGGCUCCCUAACUAGCUGCUUUGUUGUCUGCCAGGCUGGGUUCCAAGCUGACUGUCAGGCUGACUGCCUAGUUUUCAGCCAAGCUGGCUGCCUAGCUGGUUGCCUGGCCGGCUGCCUCACUAGCUGA